CGCAGCCAGCGCAGCCCGAGCCCUUCCGGAAAGUGCCGAAGUCGUAGCCGGCGCCUGGCGGAUUCCCCGCCGGCCGCCACAGCGCGCCUGCGCAGAGGAGAGUAACUGCCGGUUGGUGGCCAGUGCUCCGCAGUGGGGGAGAGACGGGCGAGGGGCCGGGUCCCAGCAGCCGAGACGGUCGCUGCUGCCGCUGUUAGUCACAGGCCGGCGGGAAGCGGCAGGCGCAGCCAUGUCCGUGGUUGGCAUUGACCUCGGCUUCCUCAACUGCUACAUCGGCGUGGCACGGAGCGGUGGUAUCGAGACCAUCGCCAAUGAGUACAGCGACCGCUGCACCCCAGCAUGUAUAUCUUUAGGAUCCAAGACCCGGGCCAUUGGGAAUGCAGCAAAGAGCCAGAUUGUCACAAAUGUAAAAAAUACACUACAUGGCUUCAAAAAACUGCAUGGAAGAGCAUUUGAAGAUCCUUACAUACAAGCUGAAAGGGCCAAACUUCCCUAUGAACUUCAGAAGAUGCUGAAUGGCUCUGUAGGAGUAAAGGUGAGAUACCUAGAUGAAGAGAGACUGUUUGCAAUUGAACAGAUCACAGGAAUGUUAUUGGCCAAACUUAAAGAGACUUCAGAAAGUGCUUUGAAGAAACCAGUAGCAGACUGCGUGAUUUCAGUACCCAGUUUCUUCACUGAUGCUGAGAGAAGAUCUGUAAUGGCAGCUGCACAGAUCGCAGGAUUAAAUUGUCUGAAGCUAAUGAAUGAAACUACAGCAGUUGCGCUCGCCUAUGGAAUAUACAAGCAAGAUCUGCCGGCCUUGGAAGAGAAGCCAAGAAAUGUGGUCUUUGUGGAUAUGGGACAUUCUGCAUAUCAGGUUUCAAUCUGUGCUUUUAACAAGGGAAAACUGAAGGUCUUGGCUACUACCUUUGACCCUUUCGUAGGUGGUAGGAAUUUUGAUGAGGCUUUGGUAGACUACUUCUCUGAAGAAUUUAGGACAAAAUACAAACUGAAUGUAAAAGACAAUCCCCGAGCGCUGCUACGAUUGUAUCAGGAAUGUGAAAAACUAAAGAAGCUUAUGAGUGCAAAUGCUUCUGACCUUCCGCUCAAUAUUGAGUGCUUCAUGAAUGACCUGGAUGUCUCCAGUAAGAUGAACAGAGCUCAGUUUGAGCAACUGUGCGCUGCCCUUCUGUCCAGAGUGGAACCUCCUCUAAGAGCAGCCAUGGAUCAAGCUAAACUGCAGCGUGAAGAUAUCUACAGUAUAGAAAUAGUAGGUGGGGCUACUAGAAUUCCAGCAGUGAAGGAACAGAUUUCUAACUUUUUCUGUAAAGAGAUAAGCACCACGCUAAAUGCUGAUGAAGCUGUCGCAAGAGGCUGUGCCUUGCAGUGUGCAAUUCUUUCCCCAGCUUUUAAAGUGCGUGAAUUCUCCAUCACAGAUGUUGUUCCUUAUUCUGUAACCUUAAGAUGGAAAUCGUCUUACGAAGAAGGAACAGGGGAGUGUGAAGUCUUCAGUAAGAACCAUGCUGCUCCAUUCUCAAAAGUAAUUACUUUUCACAAGAAAGAGCCUUUUGACCUGGAAGCUUACUACACCCAUCCGCAUGAAGUGCCUUAUCCUGAUUCCAGAAUAGGGCGUUUCACUAUUCAGAAUGUUGGUCCUCAACAUGAUGGUGACAAUUCCAAAGUGAAGGUUAAAGUGCGUGUCAAUAUUCAUGGCCUUUUCAGCGUCGCUAAUGCUUCUAUAAUAGAGAAGCAGAACACAGAGGGAGAUCACAAUGACACGCCUAUGGACACUGAAUCAUCAAGUAAAAACCAAGGCAGAGAUGAUGAGCUGCCGUUACCUUUCAUUACUGAGGAUGAUACCCUCGACUCUGAGGAGGAGGAUAAAAUGCAGGUUGAUCAAGAUGAAGGUGCUCAGAAAAGUCAAGCUGAACAACAGAACCAAGCAGAUGAGGAAUCUGAAAAUGCAGGAACCGAAACAAAAGCUGCUUGUGGAGACAAGCAAGAUCAUCCAGCACAGCCAAAGGCUAAAGCAAAAGUUAAGAGUAUUGACCUACCUAUACAGGCAAGCCUCUAUAGACAACUGGGACAAGAUCUUAUAAAUUGCUAUAUAGAAAAUGAGGGGAAGAUGAUGAUGCAAGACAAGCUUGAGAAAGAAAGAAAUGAUGCUAAGAAUGCUGUUGAAGAAUACGUGUAUGACUUCAGAGACAAACUGUGUGGAGUCUUUGAGAAAUUCAUCACUGAAGAAGAUUCAAACAAGCUGACCUUGAUGUUGGAGGACACAGAAAACUGGCUUUAUGAAGAUGGAGAGGACCAGCCAAAACAAGUAUACAUGGAUAAGCUUCAGGAAUUAAGAAAAUUUGGACAGCCUAUUCAGGAAAGAUACAUGGAACAUGAAGAAAGACCAAAAGUGUUAAAUGAACUGGGAAAGAAGAUUCAGCUCCUUAUGAAAGCAGUAGAAGCAUACAAAAAUAAGGAUGAAAAAUAUGAUCACCUGGAUCCUGCUGAGAUGGAAAAAGUUGAAAAAUACAUUAGUGAGGCUAUGAAUUGGUUGAACAGCAAAAUGAAUGCCCAGAACAAACUAAGUCUAACUCAGGAUCCAGUUGUGAAAGUGGCAGAAAUACUGACAAAAUCUAAGGAAUUGGAUAGCUUCUGUAAUCCCAUUAUAUACAAGCCCAAACCGAAGAUAGAACCUCCCAGUGAUGGGCAGUCAAAAGCUAAUGGUGAACACAAUGGACCAGUGAACGGACAGAGCGGUACUGAAACAAAACCUGAACCAGCGAAGGACAAUUCUCAGCAGACCAAACCACCUGGAGAAAUGGAAGUGGACUAAAUCUUGCAUUUCUUUUACUUAAUUAAAAUAGUGCAAGUAACCACAGGGUCCAUUCUUUUUGUCUGGUACACACCUCAGAUGUUCAGUUAUUCUUAGCCACCCUUCUGUCAUUUGUUGCUGAGUAGUUUUGAAAGUGUUUUAUAUUAAGUACACCUCUGAUGUUCAUUUCCACUGAUGCUGCUUAUGUGGAGCUUUAGCCAAAUGUAGAUUGUAUAAGUCAGUUCAAGCUUUCCCAAUAUAUUUUAUAUCAAACAUACAGAAUUGAUAUAUAAAUGGCAACAAUCUACCUUAUUUAAAGCUUUUAUUGUGGAUAAACCUCAGCUCCUUUAUUCAGGAAAGGAUACUGUAUUGCACUACUGAUGCUCAAGUGUAGAUCUAAUUGCAUCUUUAUUUUGGAAAAAUAUUGGAAUUGAAGUGGCAAAACUUGUCACUUGAAGCACUGACCUUUUCUAGUUAUUGUAUUGUUAUAAUUUAAAUAUUAAAGUAGAGGUUAGUUGGCAUACUAGUCCAUCUUGCUGAUGUACCAUGAGAAUUGUAUGGUCUUUUUCAUAUAAACUGAAUAAUACAAGCUUAAAAGUUUUUUAGAGUCCCAUACCACUAACAGUCCUAGUUACAAAAAUGCUAGCAUAAUGGCUCUGCCAUGUGCUGAAAUUACAUGAAUGGUCUCAGUGCACAUUGCUGUACAUAAUGUACUGUGCUUACGAUAAUAGUAUAAAGGGGUAGAAUAUCCAAGGACUGUUGCAUAGCUUUCCCUUGAAAAUGUCUUGUUGCACAUGUUACUAUUUCUGCUUUUGUUUUGAAUGAAAUUUACAUCUUGUGCUGGGCAGGAGAAACAACAGAAAUUGCGCUGUGCGAGCUGUAUGUUAGCACCCUGACUUUGAGGUUGCUUAAACGCUGUUUGUUGCAAACUUGAAAGAAAUACUGAGAGCUUAUUUAAGCCUUGGUACUCAGCACGUAUUUGUACAGAAGAACUUACAAACUGGAUAAUAAUACCCCAAAGAUGGUAUGUACUUGAUGAGCUUGCAUAGCUUACCAGCUGUCUUUGGUCAUUGACUUGAUCUGAUGAAAGUGUCUGUAAUGUAUUACACAGCCGAGUCACUAUUUUCUUUGACACGUCUUAGACACUGUCAAGGUCCACUGUACAUUCAUAUAUUCUGAACGCUUCUGUCAGUCACCAAGGUACUGUGGCACUUGCUAGAGAAGUCACUUUUGACUGUAAACAGCUCUAUUACCAGAAUAGGAAUGGGCUACUCUAUGAAAAGUGGUUUCUUAGUCAAGUCAGCGUCAGAGACUGAGAUGAGUUGCAGUGUAACACUUCGGUGACUUGAAUGCCAUUGCAGAACUGCAUUGAGGUGUUCAGGUCUUAAUCUGGCAUUCCUGCAGCACUUCUCCUGUACAAGCUUGUUCCUGUUGUAAACAAGGGACAGGUCGCGCUCUUGUUUGCAGCUUUGGCAGCCAUUUUAUUUCCAUCCAUGCUCUUCAUGUUCCACCGCUGUUCAUGCUACAAAGAGUAGUCCAUGACCCAAGCUAGAGUUGAUAGAGAUGAACUGUACUCUCAAAUACCUUCCCAGGGAAAGGAAGCAUCAUUUACAGCUGUAUAUAAACCUGCUAAACUAGCACAAGUGCUAGAAUAGUAUCUUUGUGACUGACAUGCACAUACUCUGCUCUACUGUUUCUGCUGUACACAAUCAGUUGUGGAUGGUCUGGCACCUUAAGUUUACAUAUUUAAAGCCCUCGAACAAAAACUGAGUGACCUUGAAGAGAGCUGCAGCUACUCUGCAACUCAGUCUUUAAUUGUGCCGCUGUAGUCACACACCUUCGUCCCUGAUGGGUGACGGUAUGUCAGUUGUCCUCAGUUUAAGUCAGGACACGGCUGAGCUAGUUUUGGUCCUCUAGGCUUUAACAUCAUGAAUAUCUUCAUGGCUCUACCGCAGCAGUGUAGUGAGUAGCAUUCUUAAGUAUUGGCUUCCUAAAACCCAUCUACAUGUUAAUUUGUCUAGCAGCCUUCCUGAUACUUGGCAGAAGAGCUCAAACAGUGGAAAUCUCCAGUGUAAGCUCUCCAAUAGCUAAAAGGUCAUGUGUAAGAACAGAAAGUCUUCUGCUUGUGGUCAUCAGAUGCUUAAUACUACAUUACAAAUGUUUGAGGCAAUUCUUACGCAUAAAGGCUGGAAUAAAAGCCAAUAUGGUUAAGACAAUUGUAGUAAGGUUUUCUUACUAGAAUAGGCGUGUUUUGCUGUGCAUCUGCUCUGCCUCUAGAUCCCUGGUAAGAGGAAUGCUACCCACAGGUGGCUGGUAGUAACUUAUUGCUGAUGUAAAUGUUAAGAAUCCCUUUGGAAGGGCAAAAGUGUUCUUUCCACAGCAAGCUUCACAUUCAUGUGGGAACAUAUGACUUGUUAAUAUGUAAUCUGUUUUCUGUUACAAAGAGGAAAUCUUGCCAGGACACAGGUCUAAGGUUCUCAAAUACUUGUAUAAGCUGUGCACAACUUGAAGGUGAGGUUUUAUGUGUUGGACUCAACAAGUGAGUCACUCCAUAGCUACCCUGACAGCAUGAGAAUGAGUAUUUUGCAACAUGAAAUGACAAGUUUUCUUAGGGAGCCAACUACUCUGCAGCUUGUAUAUUUUAAUAGCAGGUAUUUGUUGCUAAUAACUUAUUUGAGAGUUUCUGUUGAGGGCAAGAUACAUUUCUAAUGUUUGAAAACGUUCCCUCCAUUGGACAAAAAGAAAAAACAGGAAGCAACACUAUGUUUGUGAAGGCAGUAGAGUUUUGGGGUUUUUAAAAAAGUUUUGUUAAUCAAAGUCUGUAACGAUGUAAAAAUUUAGUUACAAAAUACUUUUAUUUUACCAAUAACAUCUUUCUUUUAGAGGACUGAUUAUCUGCUGUCUUCAGAAUUCAUGAACUUGCUUAAGAAAUGGCUUUAAAACUAAUUUGUUUUACUAAAAUUACUGCUAGCUGUUGUACAACUGAUUCAUGGCUUCCUUUGCACAUCUUUUAUUACAGUAGCUUAGACUUCAGGAUUUUCUUUGAACUUCAAACAUUCAGAGGUAACAAACAGAUUUUUAACAAUCCCUUUAAGUUAAACUUUUAUACUCUCUUUAAACAGACAAGGGUGCUACAUGAUAAAAUAACCCAGUACAGCUGGCUGCCUGCCUUGUUUGGUCUGAAUUUGCAUGUGUGUCUGAAGUUGAAUGAAGAAUCUUCUCCCUUGUUGGCUUCUGGCAGUGUCCUUCUCUCACCGUUUCAGUGCUGCGUUUGGGGCAUGCUUGCAGAACUUGUAGUUCUCCAGGCCAUUAGGGUGAAGCACCUGACCGGUUUCACAAGAGAAGGUGGCAGAAUGAGGGGAAGAGGUCUCAUGUUGGGCAUGGCAGCACUGGAGGGGAAACACUGUUAGGUGGUGCUACUUGUAAAGCAUAUGGGCCUGCAACUACAGCAUUCUGUAGGUGAUGUGUGCAGCCAGAGGGUACCACUGCUGUGGUGUGCAGUAUGAAGCUUUCGGUUCUUCCAUUUAAAAGUGAAAGCUGUUAAUUUAAAGCAUCCAAUCUCUUGGGUUAUAAGAUUCCAUUGUGGCUUCAGUAUUUGAAAUUAUUUAAUAUUUUUUUGAAACAUCUCAGUGUGCUGAACUCCACCCUCUGCUAUAGAUUCUUCUGUUGUCAAAUACUCCAUACUUAAGUGGGGUUUUUCCCUGUAAGGAUUACAUUUAAGUGUAAUUUCAGGAAACGGGCAAGGAGCUGGCAGGAGACUCUUCCUAAGUAUAUUUUUUACAGUAGUGUGAGAACUUUACAGCCUUAACAACUCUUGGACUCUUUACGCUUCUCAGUGCUAUGGUUAUCCAUGCCUCUCAGUUAACUGACACUAGCUUUCAAAACAUGAAACCGUUUCUCAAAUAUGCUGCGUUUGCUGGUUCAGAGCACCUAACCAGCAGCUGUAGGAAAAGAAGCUAAAUUCAAUUCCUGUAGACCUCAUUCCUCAAAAAAGGGCUUUCAUUUUUGUGUUUACCACCCUGUAAUACUUCAAUACACUGACUUCUGAAGCCUGGAUGCCCAAAUUUCACUUGUGGGUCAGCACAGAGUCUGCAUGCUCUAAGGAUGCUUACAUUAGGUACCACUAAGCUGUGAGUUCUCUUUAACUGGAUGGAAGAAUAUUAUGUUGCCUCUUACACUUUUUUGUUAUGCUAGGUUUUCUCCCCUUUCAGGCACCAGAAGAGAGAAGCUGUCAGAAGAGGUAGUGAAAAACAUGUUGCUUAACAAAAGGUAGUUAAUGCCUUCUAAAUUGUCAUUUUGCCUCCCAAGAUAACAUCUGGAUUAUAAAUACAAACUCUUAGCUCACUAGAGCAAGUGUGUGGUAGCUGAGUCUUAGGUGAAUUCUUAAUUCUCCACAUUUGAAGUUUGAAGACUUCAGCCACUUCUUACAUGUGUAAAUAACAGUGAGAACAGCUAAAUAUGACUUGGCACUGCAGAAUACUAAACCAGGAAUGCGCUCACAUGACUUACCUGAUACAGUUGUUACACCCUGUUUUCCAUCUUCCUGGUCAGAAGGAAAUACAUCAGGCAAUGAAAAGCAGGAAUCACUGUAAGGUGAUUGAUUUUAAACAAAAAUGCAAUUAAGAGUUAUACCCACCGGCCACCUCUACAAAGUGCUGAAAUGGUUUAAUUAAAUUAAUUAACAAAGGUGGUAGUCCCUGAAUGUUGCAUAGUUGGAAAAGUUCGUUUACAUAGUCUAAACAUAUCUCCAUAGGAUGGGGGGGAGGGAAGAGGUGGGAGUGUUAGAAUUGAAAGCAGUGUUUUAAGUAUGCAAAAUGUUUACUUUGUAUGUAAAUGGGAUUCUUCUUAGUGACAGAUCAUGUGCAAAUUUACAAUACUUCAAUUUAUUUUUGAAUGGCGAUAUAGAUUGUCAAGGUUGUGUAUAAUUAUAAUAAAUAUAUAAACAGCUACUUGAACAAUAAA